GCAUGGCUUCGGGACUAGCAGGAAUCCGGAGGGCAACCAGAUGCCGCUACACUACAGCAGCGCUCGUUACACAACCUCCCUGCGAUGCAAGGCGCUGUCUCUGGCCGCGGCAUGGGAGGUCCGUGGGUUCGAGGACUGGAGCGCAGUCACGGACACCGAGCUGGAGAGGAUUAAAGGGGCCGUUCAGACCCAGGUGGACCAGGUGAUUGUGGGCGACCGGACCACUGUCUUCCAGGCCCCGGUGACGACCGAGACGCUGCACAGGUCCCUGGCGCUGACGCGCACGUGGAGGUACAGAGCGGCCAAGACGAGAGCACGGUCCAGCCAAGAGCAAGUCGAGCGCAUGCCAGCCACGUUGAAUGGCAAAGUCCUCACAGCCUUCCUUAAAAACGGACAAGCGCUUUGCGCGAGCUUCCAGUUGGGGAAAUGCCAGUUGGCAGAGCAGGACUGGAGUUCGCACCGAUGCGCGGUUGCUCUCCGCAGUGGACGAGCUUGCGGUGGCAAUCAUCCAGCUCACGUGUGCUUCGAGAAGAGAGCACUCCUCGCGCAGACGGCCAAAGAACCCGGCCCAACUGGCCAGACUGUCCUGCCGCAGCGGAGGGCGGCACCUGCAGAGCCAUCCGCCCCUCCACCAAAGAGGGCCCGGCUUCCUUUGGCCGAUGAGGUACCAGGCGAGGCAGCUUCUUCCUCGAGUACCACGGCGAAGGCCACACCCAAGGCGGCAUCGAAAGCAGCACCCAAGGUGGCACUCAAGGCGGCUCCCAAGGUGAAGGCUCUCGGCCCAAGGUUGCCAGUGACAGCGCGGUUUCGGGGCGUGACCCUGUGGUUCUCCGGGCGGCGAGCCCGGCGGCCUCUGGUGGUACCGGAGGAGGCGGCGAGGCGCAUAGCAGAGGCCCCGACCGUUAUUUGGCAGUCCGGCUCUGGUGGGCGGCUCUUCCUGUCAGGCCUCCCGACGGCGGCGACAGCCCAGUACUUCCCCAAGGUGUCGUUGCAGGUGACCUGCUUCGAUAAGUCGCCGGAGCAACGAGGCGGCGUCCUAUUGCCUGGCGCUCUGGGGAUAAAGCUGGACUUCAAGAGCAAAGACCGCGAGGAAGCCUUCCAGCACGCCUUCGACCUGACCAAGAAUUCCUUAUGGUCUGGUGAACACGUCCUCUUUCACUGUAUGGCUGGAAGACACCGAGCUGCGACCUAUGCCGGCCUCACCCGCUCUCUCCUCGCGUUUGAGAGUCUCCCAGAUGCUCUCCGGGGCGUGGGGGACUUCGUCCACCGGAU